CAGUGACCAGGACCCCUUCUUGACUUCUAAUAUGAAGCUUUCCAGACACAAUUGAAUCCGCGUCAACGUUGGGCAAUCGCUUCGCACAAGGUCCACGACUUUACCUUGGACUCAUCCCAUCGUGAUUUGCUUCACUCCAACUGACCCCGCCCCGCCAUACCUACCUACUCAUUGAACCCGCCACGGUGGUCCCGAGUCCCGACAACCCACGCAUCGCUUCAGUUUCAACAACAACAGCAACAACCACCAUUGACCAUGGCAGACAAGCCCAAGGUGCUGCUCUUGGGCGAGAUUGAACAUGCCCACGAAGCCUGGGCAUCCCUCGCCGACAUCGCGCACGUCCUGCGGCCCCGGGCCCGCAACCGCGCCGACUUCAUCGCGGAAUGCCAGUCGGGCUCCCUCGACGGCGUCGUCGCCGCCUACCGCACCUUUGCGUCCGCCCGAGUGACGGGCCGCAUCGACGGCGCGCUGCUCGACGCCCUGCCCUCGUCGUUUCGCUUCCUCUGCCAUAACGGCGCCGGAUACGACCAAAUCGACAUCACCGCAUGCACCCGACACAACGUCCGCGUCUCCAACACCCCCACCGCCGUCGACGACGCCACCGCCGACACCGCCAUCUGGCUGCUCCUCGGCGCCCUGCGCGGCUUCCCCGCUGCCGUCGCCUCCCUGCGCGCCCGCGGCGCCCGGCGCACCGGACCCGACGGCCGGCCCCUCCCCCUCGGCCGCGACCCCCGCGGCAAGGUCCUCGGCAUCCUCGGCAUGGGCGGCAUCGGCCGCAACCUCGCCGCAAAGGCCCGCGCUUUGGGCAUGCGCAUCCGCUACCAUAAUCGGUCGCCCCUGAGCGGUGGCGGUGGCGGUGGUGGUGGUGGCGGAGGAGGAGGACGAGCAGGAGACGAUGCCGCCACCGCCGAGUACGUCGACUUUGAGACGCUGUUGAGGGAGAGCGACGUCCUCAGCCUGAACCUGCCCCUGAACCCGAGCACCCGUCACAUCAUAUCUACACCCCAGUUUGCCAUCAUGAAGCCCGGCAUCGUCAUUGUAAACACAGCCCGUGGCGCCGUCAUGGACGAGGCCGCCCUUGUCGAGGCUCUGAAUUCCGGAAGAGUCGCUAGCGUGGGACUCGACGUCUACGAGAACGAACCUCAUAUCCACCCGGGGCUGCUCGCGAACCCAAAUGUUCUGCUUUUGCCACACGUAGGCACAUGGACCCUCGAGACAGAAACCAAGAUGGAGGAGUGGGCCAUUGACAACGUACGCAUGGCCGUCACCAAAGGAAAGCUCAAGAGCAUCGUCCCGGAGCAAAAGGCCAUGCAGUGCGAAGAGAGUGGACAGGCCAAUUUAUAAGGUUCCAUCGACAUACGCAUCUCAAACCAGUAUUGGCGCAGAUAGUCUCAAGCGAGAAGUGUCUAUUCAGGUAGACCUAGUCAUCCAUCUAUCCAUGGCCGCGGUUGACGGGCCGUCGCGGUGCGAUUCCAUCAAGCUCCGCCUCAUCUUGCCCAUCCAUCAUGUGUCUUUUGUAUCUCGCCAGUGGGGGAAUCAUGUCUUGUCAAAGCCAACGCCGUUUUGUUGAAAAAGCAGAUGUGUUCCGCCUUCGUCCACCCAGCGAGAUGCCCAUUCAUUUAACGCAAACAAAAGCAAAAACAAGAAAUCAGAACGGCACAUGUCUUUUAGUCUCCCAGCCCCGAU